UUGUGCAUCUUACUUAUGGACCAUCUCAUCCAAACACAGCUGCUACAUAUAUUAAUGUGGCUAUGAUGGAGGAAGGCCUGGGAAAUAUACAUGUGGCACUUAGAUAUCUUCAUAAAGCUUUGAAAUGCAAUCAGAAGUUGCUUGGUCCUGACCACAUUCAGACCGCAGCAAGUUACCAUGCGAUAGCUAUUGCACUAUCCUUGAUGGAAGCAUAUCCUUUGAGUGUUCAACAUGAGCAAACAACAUUACAAAUACUUAGAGCAAAGCUUGGUCCAGAUGACUUGCGUACUCAGGAUGCUGCUGCCUGGCUUGAGUACUUUGAGUCAAAGGCUAUUGAGCAGCAAGAAGCUGCUCGAAAUGGUACGCGGAAGCCUGAUGCAUCUAUUGCCAGCAAAGGCCACCUGAGAUGUGCCAACUGAAUUUUCUACUUCCACUAAAAUGAUGAAUAUCCUAUGCCUGAUCUCCUUGAUUUCAUUGAUUCCAACCAAGAUGGUAGAGGAAGAGAUGCUGAAUCCCUGAAGAGGAAGAAUCUGGGUUUAAUGGUAUGUUGAUAAGCCUUUAUCUUGUUUAAAUACUUCUGAGAAUCUAAUUGUGUAUUUAUGUUUGGUCAUGUUGGCUUACAUGUUUAAUAUAUCCGCUUGCUACCUGAAUGAUUUUUUAAGUGGUAGAUCGAAUAAAUGUCAAAGACAACAUUUAUAGAGCCAAUAAUUUCAUGCUAACUUUGGUGGUGAAUUAGGUCUUAGGUAGUAUAUAGUUUAACAGAAUAACCUAAUUUAUAGCAAAUAUCAAGUUAGUCACUUGAAAUAAUUCAACUUGUACUUAAUUUUUGCAUCUAAAUUAGUGGUAAACUGAAUAAAUUUUGAACUUAACACUCAUAGAGCCAAUUGUUUCAUGUAAAUAUUGGCAAUAAAUCAGGUCUAACAUAAUAUAGUGAGCAAACUAUGCUAAUUUAUAACAAGCAACUAACAAGUUACUCACUUAAAAUUUUUCAAAUUGUACUUAGUUUUUACAGCUCUUGCUGCCUGCUACCAAUCACUUGAUUAUAGGCAUGCAUUUAUUUUACCUUGUCUGCCCUGCUUCUGGUUCAAGAAGAUACUGCCUUAUUGCUAUAUAACCUGUCCAAGUAUUUGAAAGAGAGUCCAACUGAACCUAGAAAACAGAAGUAGAUCCUCACUCUUAAUUGUUGUGCAUGUGGAUAAUCAAAAUACUCAAGCUUUAUGUAUCAGUACUAGAAAAAUAUUUUUUGAGAAACAUGUCCUACAUCCAGCUAGUCUUCAAAAUCAUGAUGUUAAAUGAGAAUUCGCUGCAAAGGCCAUACUGUUUUUGCAUAACAGUGUCCUUUAGGUAUUUUUUAUUGGUUAUGAACAAUAUUUUCAUAGUUUCAGAAUUCUUUUAGUGUUUGAUACUUAAUUGCAACACAAACCAACUUAUAUUAACUAGAUGCUUGUGCACUCUUUAAUUAAAAUCAAAAUGUAUUCCAGAUUAUUUAUAGUAUUUAAAAAUAUAUAUUUUUGUGUUACUGGGCAGUUUUUCUCUCUGUACUAAGAUGCUAAUGUAGUUGCUGAAAGAAAUUGAUGAUGAAUCAGACACUUAACCUAUAAAUGGAGCCAAUAAAAAGUAUUGAACACCAACCCAUUAACUUCUAUGAAUGGAGGGCGGUGUUCUAAUACCAAUAAUAAACAACACCCAACACUUUCGACGAAUACUACGAUGCCAGUAUUCUCAAGCUCAUGAACAAAUAGGCACC